AUGUCGUAUCUUCCCAAAGACGCCAUUAACCUCACGGGCGGCUGCUAUUGCAAAGCCAUCCGCUACACCGUCAAAGUCCCAGCCUGGGACAAGCGCCCUCCCGUUCCUGGCGCCCUGGACACUCCCAUCUCUUCGACCGAAAAAGUCCAGACAAAACUGCCCCUGGUUGACAUCGACCACUGCGGCAACUGCCGCCGCCAGGCUGGCUGUUUGGUUCAAUGCUGGCUCAUAGUGCCCAUCAACUGGGUGGAAUGGGACCUGCAACCGAAAGAUGAAGCUGCGGGGGACGUCGGGCAAACUCUUCAUUUAUCUACCCGCGAAGCUGUGGGACCGGCCAAAGAGAAUGAAGAGAAGUCGUCCUCGACCUCGACCUCGACCUACGUAUCGCGCUUCUGCUGCACUGAUCGGGCAACGAGGGUUUUCUGUUCACGCUGCGGUACCAACCUCACAUACCUGAGCCACAAAUACCUGGAUACUCCGCAGGCAUUUGUCGAUGUCGCCGUGGGUAGCCUCGAUCCGGGAUCUAUCGAGUUGGCAAAGCCAGACCGGCAUGGUUGGUGGGACUUUGGCGUUGAUUGGAUCAAGACUCUGCUGAGGAAGGGAGACGGCGGGUUUAUGAUCAGACACCACACGGGUGAUGUGACUCGAGCUGUGGAAGAUUAG